ACAUGGAGCCCGACACUAGUAAUAGUCACUGCCGGGGAAUACCGAAGUCGAUUGUAAUUCCGCUGUCUGUGUUUACUAUGGGUGAAAGACAACAAGAUACCUCAAAAACCUUUAUUUGCUCGUUCCCUGAUUGUGUGGCCUCCUACAACAAGCUAUGGAAACUCGAGGCGCAUCUAUGCAAACACACGGGACUGAAACCGUUUCGAUGUGACCAGACGGGCUGUGAUAGAAGUUUUUGUACCAAAUACCAUCUGGCACGACAUGAGCUGAGCCACAGUGGUGAGAGGCCUUUCCGGUGUACAGCAGAAGGGUGCUCGGAGGCCUUCACUACGAACUCAAACUUGAAGAAACACUUUGCUCGCAGACACCAAAACAAGGAAAAAAUGUAUAUUUGUAACUAUGAGGCCUGUGGAAAAAUGUUCAAGAAGAAUAACCAGCUGAAAUCUCAUGAGUGUGAACACACCAACCAGCUUCCAUUUCAGUGCCACUUCGAGGGCUGUGACAGAGGCUUUUCUGUUGCCAGUAAACUGAAGCGUCACCAGAAAUUGCAUGAAGGUUACCCCUGCAAAGAGGACAGCUGCUCCUUCCUUGGAAAGACCUGGACGGAGUAUCUGCAGCACAGAAGGGAGAAGCACCGAGUCCAGCUGCAGUGCGACCACUGCAGCAAGGUCUUCCGGGACUCCUGGUUCCUGCGGCAGCACCAGCGGGUGCACGAGGAGGAGCGCAGAGUGCUGAAGUGCCCGAGGGAAGGAUGCCAGCGCACGUACACCACCGCCUUCAACCUGCAGAGCCACAUUGUCUCCUUCCACGAGGAGCAGCGACCUUUCACCUGCCCGCAUGCCAACUGUGACAAGUCUUUUGCCAUGAAGCAAAGUUUGCAACGCCACAGUGUAGUCCAUGAUCCAGAGAGAAAGAAGCUGCAGAAGAAGCCACGCCCCAAACGCUCCCUGGCCUCACGUCUCAGCGGCUACCAGCCCAAGAAGACAGGCUUGUGUGAGCCAAGCGGUCUGGCCACCUUGCUGCAAGAUGCAACCCUGUGUGAAUCCCCUCCGGCAGGCAAACCCUCCAAAAUAAGGCCUCCAACGCCUCCAAAAUAACCGAG